CUGGACCUGUGCUUCUUUGAAACUGAACUGUCUUUCUUGCACACCACCCCCCUUUCAAAAUUAUUUUUCACGGAUCAUUUGGAAGGCGAGAAAGAAGCUCUCCUCCCUCCUUUUUUUUGGAGGGGGGUUCAUCCCCCAUGAUGUAUACUCAAGGACGGCACACUCCUGAAGUUGGAAUGCGAGAAGCUAGCCAGCGAGAAGACAGAAAUGCAGAGGCAUUAUGUGAUGUAUUACGAGAUGUCUUACGGAUUGAAUAUUGAGAUGCAUAAGCAGGCAGAGAUUGUCAAACGGCUGAACGCUAUCUGUGCCCAAAUCAUCCCCUUCCUGACGCAAGAGCAUCAACAACAGGUGUUGCAAGCUAUGGAUCGGGCCAAGCAGGUGACAAUGGGGGAGCUGAACAACAUUAUUGGGCAGCAGCAGCUCCAAAACCUCUCCCAUCACGCUCCUCCCAUCCCAUUGACCCCUCACCCUUCCGGCCCUCAGACUUCCAGCUUAGCCGCAGUGAGCACGACUUCGGGGCUCUUGGCCUUGUCGGGGGUGUUGGCUGCUCAGACAGCGCUUGCAGCAAAGGAUGAAAGGGAGGCCCUGGACUCUGAGAACCAUCGAGAACAUGCAUCGAGCGGAAGCAAUUCUGCCUCCUCUCCUGAGAGCCUGCCCGGUGAGGAACAGCUGGAUGGUGCGGGGUCAAAGGGCAAGACAGACGGGAAGGAUGAGGAAAGUGACGGGGACCGGAGCGAUUACAACCUGGUCGUGGACGAGGAUCCCCCUUCCGAACAGAGCAGCCCUCUCUGUCCCUCUGCCGCCAAGGUCCUUCCUAGCCGGAGGGAGAUCCCGAUCAGCCCAACCUCGCUGUCUUCCAGCCAGGGCACCACCCCUCUCAAAGCUAAAGACCAGAAUUUGAGCGGUGACAACGCUGCCACCUGCAAAACAGCCAGCUUCUCUCCUCCCCAUGAUUCCUUAACCCCUGGCCUGGGACCCAGCUGUGCCCCUCAAGUCCAACAGAUUGCCUGUAAGCCAUCCACCACAGAGGCCAUCACCCUGCGGAGCCCCCUGAACAUGACUGGCUCCUAUGCCUCCACCUUUGGGCUAAUGCCCCACACUGCCCUCAACGGUGAACUAACUACAGCCAGCUCAUAUGUCAGCAUCCACCUCUCCCCGCAAAUCAGUGGGACGGUGAUGUAUGGACGUUCCCCCAUGGUGGCCUUUGAAUCUCACCCGCAUUUAUGUGGUUCUGCCAUCUCUGCUUCCAUUCCAGGCAGCAAGCCGGCAUACUCCUUCCACGUCAGUGCUGACGGGCAAAUGCAGCCGGUCCCCUUCCCGCCAGACGCCCUCAUUGGCUCCGGCAUCCCACGCCACGCCCGCCAGCUCCACACGCUGACCCACGGCGAGGUGGUCUGCGCCGUCACCAUCAGCAACUCCACCCAACACGUCUACACAGGAGGGAAAGGCUGCGUGAAAGUCUGGGAUGUGGGGCAGCCGGGCACCAAGACCCCCGUGGCGCAGCUUGAUUGUCUGAACCGAGACAACUACAUCCGGUCCUGCAAGCUUCUUCCAGAUGGCCGCAGCCUGAUCGUUGGCGGGGAGGCCAGCACCCUCUCCAUCUGGGACCUGGCUGCUCCCACCCCCCGGAUCAAGGCAGAACUCACCUCUUCGGCCCCAGCUUGCUACGCCUUGGCCAUCAGCCCCGACGCCAAGGUCUGCUUCUCCUGCUGCAGUGAUGGCAACAUUGUGGUCUGGGAUCUGCAGAACCAAACCAUGGUCAGGCAGUUCCAAGGUCACACGGACGGGGCCAGUUGCAUUGACAUCUCCAAUUACGGCACGAAGCUCUGGACGGGGGGGUUGGACAACACGGUGAGGUACUGGGAUCUUCGGGAGGGGCGCCAGCUUCAACAGCAUGACUUCACCUCCCAGAUUUUCUCCCUGGGUUACUGCCCCACGGGCGAGUGGCUGGCCGUCGGGAUGGAGAGCAGCCACGUUGAGAUCCUCCAUGUGACGAAGUCGGAGAAGUACCAGCUGAACCUCCACGAGAGCUGCGUCCUCUCCCUCAAGUUCGCCUCCUGCGGGAAGUGGUUCAUCAGCACGGGCAAAGAUAAUCUCCUCAACGCCUGGCGGACACCCUACGGUGCAAGCAUAUUCCAGUCCAAAGAAUCCUCCUCGGUGCUGAGCUGUGACAUCUCGGCCAACGACAAAUUUAUCGUGACGGGAUCGGGCGAUAAGAAAGCAACGGUUUAUGAACUGGUGUAUUGAGGAGUGUGGGAGAAUCCUGCCUGUCCCUCCUACCUCUCUGCAUUUUCUUCCGUUUUGGAGACGACCUCCCCCUUCUGUGUGGGACACCAUCGAUUGGAAGCCCCUGGCCCCACUGUCUCACUUUGUAUGUGCCUGAGGAAACAGCCUUGAACUUGAUGGAGUGCAGUGGCCAUGCUGUUUCCUCCAGGAAAUCUGACUCUGCAAACUUCCAUCUGGCUUCAAGCCUCAGGUCCUCAUGAGAACUAGAAACUUCCCUUUGAAAUAAAAGAAGCAACGAAGAUUCUCAGGAAGGUGUUGGGGUUCCCCUGGAAUUAAGGGGUGCAGGAGGGCAAAUGGCUUGGGCCACCCCUCUGCCUGCUUCUCCUUUUAUCCCGCGGAUCGGAUCACUUGCCCAGCAGAGUGACAGCUUGUAUGCCUCUCCCAGCGAGGAAAGAAACUCUUCCCUCCCCACACUGUGAUUGACAAGCAAAGAGACCAAUUGCCAUCAUGCUUUUCGUCUCGUGCCCACCUCCUCCACCUGAUGUCAGGGGGGGAUUGAAUGACUUCCCCCCCCCCCCGGUCUGGUGCAAACUAAAGAAACAGCUGUUUUAAUUCCUCCCGAUUAAAUGUAUUUUAA